AUGUUAUCCUCCUUUGGGAUUUUAUUGAGUAGUGCUGAAUUUUAUUCCUCGGUGCAUAAAAUGUCCAUUGUGAUGGAUUUUGAAGUGAAAAUGUUAGAAAAUAUGCAAAAGUUCAUAGGGAAAAAUCAAAAUAAAUUAAAUUAUAUAAAAGAGCGUUUGUCCGAGUAUGAGCGAGAACGUGAAGAGGCCAUGAGCCAAGGCCCUGUCUACUUUGAAAAUCCUGUGAAUAAAUAUUUGCUGAACAAAAGAUUAACCGUUGAUUGGGAAAGGCUUGAGAAUGUUUUGCAGUACAAAGAAGGAGAGAAAACUCUAAAAAGGAUCGAAAACACAAUUGUUAAUACAACAGAAUUAGACGGAGCUUUGGAAGGUGUCUUACGCCUACAUGAUGUUUAUCGCCUUAAUGCCUCCGAUAUUGCCAGUGGCUUGCUGCAGGGUGUACAAUAUGAUGUUCAGUUUCAAGCCCGCCAUUGUUUUGACUUGGGUAUAAAGGCUCUGGAUAUAGAGUUUCCCAAACUUGCCUAUGCUUGGUUCAUGGAGGCCCUAAGAAGAUCUUCGAACGAUGAAAAUAUUAACAAAUUGGAUAUUGAGUUGGCUAUAGCUAGCACAAAAUUAAAAUUGGGUGAUGUAAAGGGGGCCAAUGCAACCUUUACCGAAUUGGUCUCUUUGCAUCCGCAUAAUGAAAAGGUGGCAAAAGUAUUUGAAGAAUUUGUUAAAACUUCAAUUGGUCAGCCUGAAUAUACAGUGGAUUACAGCACGGAACACUUUCCUCCCCCAGAGGAUAUUCAAACUGCUCCCCGUCAUGAUCUCUUCAAAUUUACCUGUUCGGGUCUAUUGAAAAAGCAACCGCGGGAGGAACGCGAAUUGCGUUGCGGUUAUUUGGUCGAAACACAUCCCUUCCUUUGGAUAGCUCCCAUCAAGGUUGAAGAAUUAAAUCACAAUCCCUUAUUGGUUGUCUUCUACGAUGUAUUAUCGGAUAAGGAAAUCGAAACCAUACGUCAACUGACCAAGGAAAUCGAACGAGCCACUGUAAUGAGCAAUAAGGGUAACAUAGUGUCAAGUGUGCGAACAAGUCAAUUUCAAUUUAUACCAGUGACCAGACAUCCCAUAUUGGCUACUGUAGAUAGACGCGUCGAGGAUAUGACGAAUUUGAAUAUGAAAUGUUCCGAAGAACAUCAAUUUGCCAAUUAUGGCAUAGGCGGGCAGUAUAGUGAACAUCAUGAUUAUUUUGAUUUUCCAGAGGUAGGAAAUCGUAUUGCAACUGUUUUGUUUUAUCUCAGUGAUGUGGAACAGGGUGGCGGUACUGCCUAUCCCCAAAUGAAGCAAUUGGUUAUGCCCAAAAAGGGAGCUGCUGCUUUUUGGUAUAACUUACAUGCCUCAGGAAAAUUUGAUGUUCGUACUCUGCAUGGUGCCUGCCCUAUUAUUGUGGGCUCCAAAUGGGUACAAAAUCGCUGGAUUCGUGAAAAAGACCAAAUGGAUCGCAGACCUUGUUACAAAUUCGAUGAUUCUCUAUACCAUUAA